AUGUGUAGUGAUUUCUCCACAAAUUAUAAUCAAGAAUAUUAGACAAUGACAGAUUUAUUAUCUAAGAUUGGAGGAUUGUUUUAAUCAGUCGUUUCUAUUGUUGGACUAAUAAUAACUUAUUAUAAUAAAGUAUAAUGUAGAUUAUCAAAUGUAUUUAGUUUAUUUGAAUAUUUCCAAUCGUCUUUAUGAUUAUUAUUUCAAUAUUGAUAAUGGUUAGUACAAAAGGCUCUGGAUUAAUUGAUCCUUUGCAUUUUAGGAUCUAGAUUCAUCAAGAUUCAGCAGAAUCAUAAAAAAGAGGAAAACACCAUAUAAUUCUGA